AUGGGCUUUUACCUCUCAAAGCCCACCCCGACAGAUGAAGCGCUUCACCGUAUUCGUCAAUAUCACUCGGUGCUGGAAGAUAUGCCUCUUAUGAACAUUCGUUAUCGACGAAGCACGAUCAUUUCAGCAAGUUCAACGGAUUGUCUUUUGCGGGCGUCGUUUCCUUUUCAGAUGUAG